CCUGUGAAAAAUUCUUGCGCACGCUUAUGAUUUUAAAGUUAAAGCAUGAUAAUGAUCUUUAUAAGUACUUAAGUAUUAACAUAGUAGUAUUGAUAUCAAUAGAAUAGGUAAAGAAUAAACUAAUAAAUAGWUUGGUGGAUAAAGGGGUUUUAGUCCUCUAAAUGCUUGAUUUGAAUGUCAAUAUAACAAAUAUGAGUAAAAGAAGUUUAUUUCUUAUAGUAUUUAUUUUCUACAUUUAUGUAACAAUAAUUCAAUGUAAUGAAUUACCACUAUGUUACAACCAACCUGCAGAGUCUUGUCCAUUACAAAAUAAAUGUAAAUGCGUGAAAACUGGUGAUUCAGCAUUAUUUUGCUGCCAAGUUCAGUCAAAUGAAGAUUUAAUAAAAAACUUUGAGUGUUCAGGUGCUAAGUUAUCAACAAUCACAGCUUUACACAUUUACAAUAUGACAGCUGACAAUUUUAAUUUUGGAAAAUUUUCUCCUGAAUUAAGCCGUUUGAUCUCAUUUUCAAUUACAAAUAGUUAUAUUAAUCGACUACUUGGUCGUUUAGAGUACAUGCAUCAAAUUACUUGCUUAAAUUUAUCGAAUAAUGCUUUUGGUACAGAAUGGCAAGAUCCUCUAGCRUUGGAAAAUCUUAAAAUGUUAGCUAUGUUAGAUUUUUCCAAUGUAAAUAUAUCAAGUUUACCUACCAUAAAAAGUCAAGUGCCGAUGUUUUGGUUGGACGUUUCAAAUAACGUAAAAAUUCAUUGUGCAAGUCUUCUAGAUCUUAUGGAAAGAUCAAGAAAUGCCAAGUACAAAUUGUAUUUUAAAAAAUAUAAUGAAACAUUUUGUAUGUCAUCACUGUCAUUUCACUGGUUCAAUUCCACUGAGAAGGUUGCAUUAAAUCAAGUAGAAAUUAUUAACAAGUUAUACGAAGAUUGUCCAUUGAAUUGUAGUUGUAAGUGGCAUGGUAUAGAAAUGGUACAAGAAACAAAGACACUACAUACCGUAGAAGUAGAUUGUUCAAAUAAACAACUUUCAAGUUUACCGGAAAACAUUUGGUUAUUAACAAAUCAUAUUCAUAUUCCAGACUACAAUGAAAUUUUAUGCAGUAAUAUGCAGUACAAAGUAAAAGUAAUAGACUUGGAUCAAAAAUUAGUGUGCAUUAAAAAAGCUGAUUGGACACAUUAUAUGUAUUAUGUUAUUGCUGCUGAAUUGUCAGUACUUCUGCUGUUGAUUGGAAAAGUUUCAUAUGAUUAUUGGGUAUUUAAAACAGCUGGAUAUUUGCCAUGGCCUGCAUCCAAAAUGCCAAAGCUCCCUUGUGACUGGAUAUUUGAGUAAUGAAGWAUGGCUUAUAAAAAAUAUUGUAAUACACGUUAGUAAUUUAUAAGAAGACUGUUUUAUUAUGAGCUAUUAAUAACAUAUUCAAACGCUACAUGUGCUAACAAUAAGUUACCCUAGUGCCUUAAAAAUUGUGCCUUGAUAUAUUAUUUGUUAUAUAAGAUUAUUAUAUUUACAUAUUUUAAUUACUGUUUGGGACGUUUUUUGAACAUAAAUUAUCUUUAGUUUUUAUUAUUAUUAACUAAGCUUUAAUAUGUUUGAUMAAAUCAAAAUGUUCAAACACACUUACCAAAAUUUUGAAUAUUAUAAAUUACAAGUUCAGAUCUAAUUUUAUAUUUAUGUACACAGUGGGGUUCACACCAAAGACUAUUUUUUUAUAAUAAAUUAGCUGGUUGAUAAAAUCUUCUGUUAUUUGUAACUUAAAAAUCUCUUUAGUGGGCUACCGUGUACGUGUGUUAUUUAUUUUAUGUUAAA